AUGGACUAGGAUGGACCAGGGAUGGACUUGGACAUGAAGAUUGACACCAAAUUGCCCAAGCCAAAGUUUGUAUCUCCGAGUCUCUGCAUCUCAGGCUUGACUCGCGGUCAGCCCGCCAUAGAUAGAGGGGCGUUCGCCGGCUAAAUUUGUGACACCAUCUUCAUGAUCGAAAACGGCACACCCACACGGCUGUAGAGCAUUUUACCCGCCCACGGCCAAUCAGACUACGGCUUACUUGAGACCCGUGAGCCUCCGGCCGCUUGGCCGUUAUUGACCGUUAUUGACCGUUAUUGACCGGCCCGACCCGGAGACGUGUUUUUCUUUUCCAUCGAUUUUGGUCAAUGUGCUAUGAGUGCUAUCUAUGAGCCGGCCGCGUAGGUGGGCGUGGGCGCUAGCUAGUUGGCCAACUAGGUGUGGGUCGGCCUGAGUGUUGGAAGGAACCCUGGGGACAGACAUGAAAACGACCGCCAAUCCAAGAGGGAACCGGCUCGGGCGGGUUCAUCCGGUUCAAGGGUUCUGAAGCCGUAAAGCCCUAGUGGCACGGAGGCUCGUUUUCGAGUCCCUCCCCCCCCAAGUCAGUCCAGCUCUUCGUUGGUUUGGCCUGGCGUUAGUGAGGGGUCGCCCAGGAAGCCGUGACCCGGGUAGUCCAGGACUCGACCAUGUCCAACGUCUCGCCGUCUCGGAUGGUGAGCCCGGCUCAAUCCGGUCAAGAAGAUCACGAUGAGGAAGACGAGAUUCAUCACCACGAUGAUCUGCAUCAUAUGCACCCACACCCUCAUCACCAUUUGAUGGCCAUGGGUUUAGAUCAUGAUUUGGGCGGCGACUUUGAGCCCGAGUCGCUGGACGAUCAGGACACCGAAGACGACAAUAACAACUUUCAUCACCAGAAUAACAAUGACAACGAAGCCCAGGAAAUGAUGGCGGCCGGACCUUCGGGUAGUCAUCAUUCCGUGCCUCAAGCUUUAACCUCCGGUCAAUCGCAUGACGACAACGAGGGCGAAGUCAGCGAAUCGAUUCAGGCCCAUGUGCCCCUUGGGUUCGCGCCAACCCAGGGCGGGGGCCCCAUGGAGGCCUCCAAUUCGAGUGACUUGUGGGCCUCGUCGUCCGGCUGUCUGGGUCAUCCGCCGGGACGCGGGGCUAGCCUCGAAAGUCGCUUGGAAGAAUUGGCCCAGUCACCCAGUGGCAGUGCCAAUGUCGGUUCCUCCGCUCCAGUGCCGUUGUGCAUGUCGAGUAGUUCCCAUGGGGCGGGUAGUCUAUCCGUCAUGGUGGGACUUCCCGGAUUCUCCCCGCAACCGUCUUCGUCCAACGCCCCGUUCAAUGCGUCGUCAUCGGCUCAAGUCACACCCCAAGUGGCGGGCAGUCAAACCCCCACCACCUCGGCCAGUCCAAUGGCUUCUUCGUCUUCCUCAGGUCCAGCCUCGCAGCCUGGUGGUUUGCCCACACUGAUGGGUGGCAAUCCCACUAUCUCGUCAUCAGGCUUAAUUUCUCGUCAGAAUUCUCAAGUUGUGCCUGAAAGCCCUCAAUCCUCGGGUUAUUCCAGUUUAAGCCUGGGUAAUUCCCCGUUGUCCGGAGCCGCCCAGUUGCUGCAAGGGACAAAUGAGGCCUCCUACCCACCUUCGCCCCGAUUGCCCAAUCAUGGAGUGAACGGUCAAUCCUCGGGCACGAAACGGGAACGCAUUCCCUCGCCUGUGCCCGGGACCAGUGCUCAAAGUUCGGCCAAGCGAUUUUUUCAAAAUCCGUUAGAUCCCAUUCCAGGACCUUCACGACUGCUGAUUCCCGUGUCCACCAGUUCGGAGGCCCAAUCUCUAUCGCCAAGUCGGGAUGAGUCGCCACUCACUCCGGUCGACAACUUUAUCAUCUCUUCUUCAACCGGCCUCAUGGACUCACAACCCGUGACACCUGAGCCUGAAGAUGACAUGAAUGUGGACAACGACUUGUCCGUCCCGUCUCCAAAUCCCCUUGUGCGAUCUUAUCGUUUUCCAAUGAGAAGGGACACCGACGAUAUUGUUGACAGUACAGUGGACAGUACGGUCGAUUCCAGUGGUUUACCGCUAACCACCUCCAACUCCCAAGCGUCAAUUGAAGGUGGUGGAUUUUGCCAAUCAUCCAAAUACGGCAACAUUUCAGAGGAUGAAGAUGACGAUGAUAAUGAAGUGGAAGAAAUUGCCAACGACGACGAUGAUGAUGUCGAUGAUGUCGAUAUGGGCAUGAAUAUGGUGGAGCAUUCUGGCAUUGAUUUGCAUGAGAAUAACUUGGACUUGAACACCCAGGAGUCGGAUUCAAAUGAUGGUGGCAUCUCCACAUCAGGUCAGGUUGAUGAAGGCCAAUUUCGAUUGGUCCCUAAUGAUCCGGCCGAUGAUUCAUUCAACUGCAAUGACGUGUCCAAUAAAGGGAUCUCAUUUGGAAGAAGCGAUGGAAACGCCCAUUCGAACAGUUUACGUCACUCUAAUGGAGACGAGAGCCGUAACUACGCCAGCAUAUAUGACAAUCCCGUUCCUGGGCCUUCUCGCUUGGUCCCAUGUACUCGUGAUUCAGUGUUCCCUUCCACAUCGAAAUCAUCGAAUGCGGAUCAGAACUCUUUCUUUAGUUGUCCAGCUGAUCUGGAAUUAGCCAACUAUAAUGAAGCCGUUGACGAGGGGGAUGGUAACUUGUCUUCGACGUUCCAAGAUAUUGAUUCGGCCGAGCCCCCGGUCGAUUUGGAGGAUAUUCAGUUGCAACAGCUGGUGCCAGAAAAUUCGACCCCUCUAAGACCCGACCAUGGUGGUGCUGUUCGUGGUGGUAGUGGUGUUGGUGGUGAUGGUGGUGAAGAGGAAGAUAGUGGCGACAUCAAUGAUGCACAGGAUCAAAGUGGAUCCAAUAAGUACCUUUUGUUGUCAGAUUACAAUUUGACUUCACCUAACAAGCAGCACGAAGACCAGCAUCAUCAUCAUAAUCACCAUCUUCAACAUCAUCAUCAUCAUCAUCAUCAUCAUCAUAAUAAUCAUCAUUCCUUUGAUGGCAACGAGGCCCUGGACAUUGGGGCAUCGUAUUCUGGUCUUCGAUCGCUAGAAUUGUCAGUCGUUGAUCCCGGAUCGAGUUCCAAUGGCACUUUAUCCAACAGUCCACAUUCGUCAAUUCUGGAGAGUAUGACAGGCCCAUUGAGCAAAAGAUUGCGAACCCUCCAUACCAUGCAGCAAAGACAAACGUCUUCAUCACCUUCGCAGGCAGCCACAACAUCGACCCCAGCGAGUGAAUCACAUGACAUGGGCACUAACGGACAUGUCGUAAAUCGCAACCCCGCUCCAGAACCGUUUCUCUCUUUGGCCAAUAAUCAGGGUCGGAAUGAAAAUGGUGAGCCAAUCCUUAGGAAUGUGCACCAUGAAGCCUCGCCCACCAAGGAGCAUAAUGCUAACAAUAAUGUGCCCAAUUCCAACGGGAAGUCUGAAAAGCCUUCAUCCGAUGCAGCAGACUCUCAGAAUUCGCCCAACUUUGGCGGCACCCAGCACAACUUCAACGUGACUUUGGAGACCCCUCCUUCGCUCGGGUCUGCCCUGAAAGUGAAGCGGCUCUUUCAUGAUAGCAAAGAGCCGACACUUUUUGAAGGCAUGGAUUUCCUCACAGCUCCAGAGGAUGACGAUGCCUUGGGGUUUUCUCGGAUCAAGCGAUUGAGGCCGGAUCAAAGCGUUUGGUGCCCUGACUGCAAGCUUCAUUAUGAAGACGGUUGCUUCUUACACAUUGCUCCGAAUGACGAGGCCGAUGAUAUUUCCCUUCAGAUUAUGGACACCCCCAUUCUAUCGCGGGCCAAGGCCUCUUUGCCUCUCUCCCAUUUGUCCAUGCGUACGAUCAAGGACGACCAACAGGAUGGAAAAGUGGGCAUAUUUGCAAAGAAGAAAAUCCCCAAGAGUUGUAAAUUCGGCCCUUUGGAAGGGAAGCGAUUAAAAGCCAAGGCCGAAAAUGGAGACUUUCUUUAUUCAAUCCAGCACGGUGAUGGUCAAAUCACGAUCGUGGACACCUCCAACGAAGAUCAGUCCAAUUGGAUGGGGUUAGUGAGGCACGCAGAUCACGAGGAGGAGCAGAAUCUGGCCUUGUUGGAGGAGAACGAGGAGCUCUAUUUCAUUACGACCAAAAAGAUUGGACCUAGGCAGGAACUGAAAGUUUGGUAUUCAGCUGAAUAUGCGAAUGCUCGCAAUCUGCCUCUUCUUAAGUCGAGUCAAGGAAAAAAGGUUGCGGAUGACGCGUCAAAAAAGAACAUACGAAAAACAUCUGGCUCGCAGUCAAAGACGAAGUUAAGCGCAGGCAAACCGAAUCCUACAGACCAAUCUUCCCCUAGAAACGGGGAAAACAAAAAGCGAAACAAAUGCUCGUCUUGUCCCCUGAUAUUUGGCAACGAAGCUUCCAUGAAAAUCCAUUCAUUUUGUCACCAAUCUUCGGAAGAGUUGAUCAAUUUGACCGUGGAUGAGGCGCUAGCACAAACAGGAAGAAAUCUGAAACUUUCCACAAACCCCGAACUGCUCUUCCAAUGUCCAGAAUGUGAUUCUCAACAUCCUACAUGGUUAGAUCUCGUUUCCCAUGUAGACAUUCAUGCUCAAAGUAUUGACCAAAACCCUCCGAAUGGGCGUCUGAAGACCAUAAAAGCUUUCAAAUGCCCCGAAUGUUAUCGCUCAUUCGAAUCCGAGGAGAAGUUGAAGAAACAUUCAGCUGUGCAUGGCAGUGAUGAAUCGAAACCCUUGAGCUGUCCAACUUGUAGCAAUCGGUUCUUGACCAAUUCUGCCUUGGCGUGCCAUGUGAAAAUCCACACGAGAUCUGAGACCGCCUACGAUUGUCCAAUGUGCGGAAAAGAGUUCAUGCAAAUCGGAGCUUUGAAGGAGCACGUUCAUGCUCAUCGCCUGAAUGGGAAAUAUGAUUGCCCGUUCUGUCCGAAGGAAUUUCUCGAAUAUCCCCAAAUCCGUAAGCAUAUCCGUGCUUUUCAUGGGAAUAAAAAACACGCUUGCUCGCAUUGCCCCAAAACAUUCGGCAACUCAGACAAGCUGAAAUUGCACACACUCAUACACUCCGAUUUGAAAGAGUUUUUGUGCAAUGCAUGUGGCAAGCAAUUUCGACGAAAGGACAAACUCAAAGAGCACUGGAUACGAAUGCACGGCAAUGUUAACACUGCUUCAAUCAGCGCUCGUGGUGGUAUUGCUGCACCAUCCUCAAAAGUGAGCGACGGAAUGGUGGAAACCAAUGAGAAUGCACCCCCAAAAGGCACCCGAAGACGGAAGACGUCCCCCAAGGUUUCUUCUUUGGACUUUCAUCGAUACAUCUACAAAUGCCAUGAAUGCGUUCUGGGUUUUAAGCGAAGAGGAAUGUUGGUGAACCAUUUGGCCAAACGACAUCCUAACAUUACCCCUGAUUCCGUGCCGGAACUGAACUUACCGAUAUUGAAAACGACAAAGGACUACUUUUGUCAAUACUGCAGUAACGUCUACAAAAGUAGUUCAAAAAGAAAAACGCAUAUUCUGAAGAAGCAUCCCGGCCAAAAGCCUCCCAUUUCGGCUCGAGACAAAUCGGUGCAACACUCAGGGGCGAUUAAUCCCACUUUUUCGGCCACAGUUGGAUCCGUCACAUUCCUGCCUUACAGUUGUCCUCAUUGUCAUAAGCAAUAUGCAUCUCAUGCCAAGUUGCUUCAGCAUCAACGUGUGAAGCAUGCAGGAUUGGAGUCAAAGCCCAAGGAGGGCGUUCUCGAAACAAGUGAGCAGGAAGAAGCUCUUGUAAAAGCUGCGUCUAUGUUGCACUCAGAACAGCAACAACAACAAAGGCAACUGGAACAAUCUCCUCCAGCGUUGAUUCCCCAUGCAUCCUCCUCUGGAAUACAUGAGAUCAAACUACAAACUCUGAAUGGCGAGAUCGUGCAAUUAACCCCCGUAGCCCAAGACGAGGCGUUGAGAUUAGCUUCAAAUGGAGCUACCGUGAUCCAUGUGCCUGAACAAGAGCAAAGUCAAGCCAGUCCUGCAACAGAGGUGAUUCUUUUCGAAGCACCUUCUCCUCACCUUCACAUGAAGAACGAGCGAAACCAACAGGAUUCUCCCAGAAAUUUACCUUAAGCUAGCCAGCCUCUCUUUUUACAUAUGAAGAGCAAACUUAGCUCACACUAAUUACCUUUCAAUAUUGUUACCAUCCCUUGAUGAUAUUCAUCCAACCUGACAUAUAUUCAUAAAAAGUU